GUGCUGUCACUGGUCAUGCACUUCCAGGCUUCAGAGGCCAUUAUUUCCUUCACUGUCUGAAGAAAGGGGAAUACCGUAGGCAAACCAGACUACUACUGUUUCAGAGUCAUCGCUGCCGCACAGGCGGUGGACACAGCUGAGGAGCCUGAUGUGCACAGCAGGUGGGAACGCCAGGCCAGCAGCCUCCCAGGAGAUGCAGGUCUGCACCCGGGGCCACUGGACACAGGUGCACCUGUGGGUUUGAACCACACUGCCCUGUGGCCACGGGUUCCCGGCCCAGAGAACAUGACAACAGCCCAGAAUGGGCAUGGGCGACUUGCUGCAAUUUCCUGUUCAGUCUCAGAUCCGAAAGACCCCAAAAUGGUGACCUACCCAGCGUGCCAGAAUGGGGGGUGCAGCGGCAGUCACGGCCCCGAGGUGCAAGCGCCGGACGCCAGGCUCAGCCCCGCCAAGCUCCUUCGCCUCUUCUCAGUGAGCAGGAAGAGGACAGGCGCCCUCCCUGAGAGGCCGCGCUCCGGGGUCGUGGUGGGACAGACCUCCACGUGGAACGCCCUCGCCUCCUUUCGGAAAAUGGGAUCUUUUAAAAAAUUGAAGUCUUCAGUCCUUCAGGGAAUUCAGAACCGAGCGGCAGCAGGUGCAUCCAAGGGAGAUGCCUCAGAGCCCAACCUGGGCAGGACUGCCCCGAAUGGCGCCAUACACGGGUCGGGGCCAGGGGCCACAUCCGACUGCUCGGACCCCGAGGAUGCAGAUGAUGCCUUCCAGAGGAGCACGCACCGCUCCCGCAGCCUCCGCCGCGCCUACGGCCCGGGCCGCCUCAGCCUGCAGGGCCGCGGCCAGGAGCUGUGCCCGGGCUGCCGGGGUCCCCCGGGGUGUGGGCUUCUGGUGAUGGAGCCUGAGAGCAGCAGCAGCACCCUUGGGAGGAGCAGGAGCACCGACACCCUGAGCCUCCUAAGCAGAGGCCCCUUCCCACGCAAGGCCGCCUUGGACCCCCUGGAGCCCAGGGGUACGCAGGCGAGGCUGGCACUGCGCAGGACGUCCAGCAGCUCGGUGGCUGACGCGGAGAGGCUCAGUGGGCCCACACGGAGGCCGCGGCGCUGGAGGAGCCCGCUCCAGGCCAAGGGCUUGGGCCGAGUCCGGAGGCUCCUGGGCAGUGCCACCGACCUGGCCCAGGGGGGAGAGCGCACCUGUGGUGGGUCGCCCGAGGUGGGCAGGCGGCUGCAGCUGCACAGCCUGCUGCACGAUGACUACUCGCGCCGGGCGUCCUCGGGCGCUGAGCUGGAUCGUGUGCGAAGCAGGUGCGCGGGGUCCCCGGGCCUCGGGGCUGCCCUGCUGCCAGUGUCCCGGGCAGCCGUGGAAGCAGCCCUUGUGCCCCUGGAAGGUAGCAGCUCCGGGGCGGCGGCAAGCACCUGUCUGUGCGCCAGCAGCGCCGUAUCGGGCCCGAUUGCCUGCCAAGUGUCGAGCAAAGCCUGGGGUGCAGCACCCCCUGGGAGCCAGUUCUCAUUUGACCUGGAGCAACCCUCCACUCCCCUGAGGCCCACCACACCGAAGCCUUCCGGCCCCCAGAGCCCAGGCGCUGGGAGCCGUCUCAGUGCACAGUCCCUGUGUUCAGGGGACAGUGAGGAAAGGGCAGAGGGUCUUGCUCGGAGGGGGCAGGGGCCUGUGUCCCUGCAGGAUUCAGAGCAAGCCACCUGUGGCGAAGGUGGUGAGGACAGCGGAGCCAGCAGCCACCCUCAGCAGAGCCCCUGUGGGGUUUCAGGUCCAGAAGAAAAGAGGCAGGAGGUUGUUACUGAGGAAUCCUGGAGGCGGAGCGCAUCGCAAGAUGAAGAAAGGACAGAGGCUCAGAGGAUCACCUGCAGGAGAUGGGGCACUGGGAGCAGGUCCCGGCCGCGACCACUGUCUGACUAUGGCCAGCUGGCUAGCCGAAGUUUGUCUAUUCCUGAAGACUCAAUUGCGGUAGAUCCCCAGAAAGAGGACAUUGCGGAUGGUGACCACCAGCCAGUCAUGGCCUCCACGGACCCUUCAAACCAGAACCCUGCCGUGGGCUGCCCCAGAGGAGGCCGGAGAAGACGCCCCAUCUCUGUGAUAGGCGGGGUUAGCCUCUAUGGGAACAGCCAACCAGAGGACAUAGAGAAUCUUCUAACCCAACCGGCAGCCAGGCCUCCUGUGCCAGCUCACCAGGUGCCGCCCUACAGAGCGGUCUCGGCCCGGUUCCGGCCGUUCACAUUCUCCCGGAGCACCCCCAUUGGGCUGGACCGUGUGGGGCGCCGGCGGCAGAUGAGAGCGUCCAAUGUGUCUUCAGAUGGAGGUAUUGAGUCUUCCGCCUUAGUGGAUGACAACGGCAGCGAGGAAGAGUGCAGUUAUGAAGCCCUGUGCCAGGCCAGCCCCGGAUACCUGCAGCCAGGCGGGGAACAGCUGGCCAUCAACGAGCUGAUCAGCGAUGGCAGCGUGGUCUGUGCAGAAGCCCUGUGGGACCACGUGACCAUGGAUGACCAGGAACUGGGCUUCAAGGCAGGAGAUGUCAUCCAGGUGCUGGAAGCUUCUAACAAGGACUGGUGGUGGGGCCGGAAUGAGGAUAAGGAAGCCUGGUUCCCCGCGAGCUUUGUCAGAUUGCGUGUCAACCAGGAAGAGCUGUCAGAGAAUUCCAGCAGCUCCCAGGACGAGGAGCAGGAGGACGCCGGCAGGAGCCGCCACCCGCACCCCGAGAGCAAGCGCCAGAUGAGGGCUAACGUCAUCCAGGAGAUCAUGAACACCGAGCGGGUGUACAUAAAGCACCUCAAGGACAUCUGCGAGGGCUAUAUCCGACAGUGUCGCAAGCACACAGGAAUGUUCACUGUUGCACAACUAGCCACCAUUUUUGGAAACAUUGAAGAUAUUUACAAAUUCCAAAGACAAUUCCUAAAAGACCUUGAGAAACAGUACAAUAAAGAGGAACCGCAUUUAAGUGAAAUAGGACCCUGCUUUCUUCAACAUCAAGAGGGCUUCGCCAUCUACUCCGAGUACUGCAACAACCACCCGGGCGCCUGCGCGGAGCUGUCCAGCCUGAUGAAGCAGGGCCGGUACAGACACUUCUUCGAGGCCUGCCGCCUGCUGCAGCAGAUGAUCGACAUCGCUAUCGACGGCUUCCUCCUCACGCCGGUGCAGAAGAUCUGCAAAUACCCGCUGCAGCUGGCUGAGCUGCUCAAGUACACCACGCAGGAGCACAGUGACUACAACAAUAUAAAGGCAGCAUAUGAAGCCAUGAAGAACGUAGCCUGUUUGAUCAAUGAGCGCAAACGCAAGCUGGAGAGCAUAGACAAGAUAGCACGGUGGCAGGUGUCCAUCGUAGGCUGGGAGGGGCUGGAUAUUUUGGACCGAAGUUCAGAACUGAUCCAUUCCGGGGAACUGACCAGAGUCACCAGGCAAGGCAGGAGCCAGCAGCGGACGUUCUUCCUGUUUGACCACCAGCUCGUGUCCUGCAAGAAGGACCUGCUGCGCCGGGACAUGCUCUACUACAGAGGCCGCAUGGACAUGGACGACAUGGAGCUCCGGGACCUGGAGGACGGGCGCGACAAGGACUGGAACCUGCACGUGAAAAAUGCCUUCAAGCUCGUCAGCAGGACCACCGACGAGGUUCAUCUGUUUUGUGCCAAAAAGCAGGAAGACAAGGCGAGGUGGCUGCAGGCGUGUGGGGCUGAGAGGCGAAGGGUACAGGAAGACCAAGAAAUGGGAAUGGAAAUUUCAGAAAAUCAAAAGAAACUUGCCAUGUUAAAUGCCCAAAAAGCAGGACAUGGAAAGUCAAAAGUCAGGCUACAGCGGAUGCCCCGCAGCCCCGCCGCCCCAGAGCUUCCACCCCCUUCACCAGCGCCACAUCACUGUGCCCACCAGCGUCCCACAGCAGCAGGUCUUUGCCCUGGCAGAGCCCAAGAGGAAGCCCUCGCUGUUCUGGCACACUUUCAAUAAGCUCACACCUUUCAAGAAGUGAAACCACACGGCCGCCCUCCCACUGACCUGGCUGCGGAGAGCAGAACCGUUUCUGUUCCAUGUGACUAAAUCCAAGGAAAGAAGCAUGUUGGGCCCAGGGCUGAAAACUUCUUACAGAGGUCAAUAACCAAAGCAGGAUUUGGACUCACCUUAUAUCUUCAGGGACCCAGCUGCCUCCUGGGACAGUGGCCGGAAGUCAUGGCGCCGAGCUCCAAGGCACACGGAGCCCUCUGUGGCCUGCACUGUGGUGGCUGAGGCUUGGGAGCCAGUGACAUGCUCUCGAGUGAGUGACCCCAGCAGGCAGUGCCGUUGAGUGCACCGCAGCACAAGCCUGGGGAGCUGGGAGUGUCCGUUCCCGAGGGAGGCCUGGACUCAAGGCUGCUGUUGCAUUUGACUUUGAUGGGAACAGCAGUGGGCCGGCGCUGCUGCCUCUCGCUGACACGCGGGGGCCGUGGUGCCAGGGGCCUUACACUGCCGUCAGCGCGUGGUCUACAGGCUUCCUCCUGCAAGGAUCCCCCCCACCCCACCAGGGUCCGGGGAAGCAGGUGCACUCGCCUGUGCAGUGCACCCUGGGGAGUGACUUGAGCAUUCUGAAGAUUCAGCUACUUUCAAGGCAGGGAGUGCAAAGUCCCACCACCAGGUGGGUUUGUGCUUCUCAAGUCGGGUGCUCCCCUGCCGGAGUGCGGCAUCUGACUCCAGGAGCAGAAAUAAUGACUGCUCGCAUGUCCUGAGGAAGUCUGUUCAGACCCAUUUGCAGUGUAAAACCCAUUUUCUUUAAUUUUAUGGUAACACAAACCUGCAGUUGCUCCAGUUGAAAGGCACUCUUAAAGACAGUGAUGUGCUCUCGCCAUUGGUUGUUUCUGGUGCCCUGACUGGGUCAACUACAAUGAUAAUUCCAUUCCGCUGGGAAGGCAUGAGGGUCAGAGCAGCUCAGCUUCCUCUGGCUUUGAAGCUGACUGUUGCAUAAACCCAAACCAGGGGUGUUAACCAUGCCACUAUUAGCAUGUCAACAGGUUUCUAAGAUUCAUUCUUUAUAAAAGAGACCUUUACAAAAAACAUCUAGACUCUGUCUUUUCUAACAAAGGCUACAUGGGCUGACAUCUGUAAAUACUAAUCUCAUCUUUGUGUGAAUUUUGAUAAAUAUGUAUGGAGAAGACAGGAUCUGUGAGAGAGAUGCUAUUUAAAUGCACCUAGUGCACGGGAGGCGUGGUGGUAUAUUACACAGUCUGUGGUUUUCUAUUUGAGAAUCUCUUUGUGUGCUGCUCUUGGAAAGUUCUAACAGGCCCACACUUGGGAAUGAACUAACCUGUAAUAUCACAGGCAGAGGUGUGACCUAAGCCUCUAUUCUCCUCCACCUUCCCCAUACCCAGACCUGGCCCCGAAGGAGGUGACAUCGCAUAUCAAGGAGACAUGAGCCUGUAUCUGUCAGGUGGACCUUAAGUGACAAGUUGUCAGGAACUCUCACUGUUCGGGACCCUGCUCUGCCACCUCGACAUGUUCACUUAGAGGCAGUGCUGCUGGGAGGUUGUACUGCUCUGUGGCCAAGAGCCCUCAUCAGCUUCUGUCAACCUUGACCCAGUGUGUGGGGGACGGAGGCUGCUUCUGUGAGGAGGCUUCUCAGGAGGUGCUGCGGCUCCACGUGUGUGUGAGUGCAUGCGUGUGCGUACGUGUUUCCUUUUUGAACAGACAUCUACAUUUUAGUUGCAUUUAUAUAACUGACCUUUUUACUAACAAAAUACAGUUAUAUAUUUUGAAAACUACACUUAAUAUGCUUUCCUAGACCCCUCAGCAAUAACUGCAGGGGUCUCUGUGCUAAACAGAGUUGUUUGUGUAUACAGCAAGUUUAAAGAGGUUUUUUUAAAAUACAGUAUAAGAAAAUUAGGGAAGAAAAGAGAAACAUUGGCUGAUGUUACAUUUUCAGUGAGGAUCCAUUCAAAUUCAAGUAAAGCCGCACUCAGAGGGCUUCCCUGGUUUAAUACUUGCUGAUGGGCAGUGAAGAAGUGCUUUACCUCCUGUGACCAGUCCUGAUGUACUUCCUGGCCGAGUCCCAACUUCUGGUCCCCACCUGUCCCUUGUGGGCUCCUUCACAGAAGCAGGAAGCACGGACGCUGGGGCACGUCCGAGUCCAGGGCUGCCCCCCUCCCCGCCCCCAUCAGCUCUGUACAGUGUGUGGGCCACUUGAUGAGACACCCAUCCUGAAUGGAGCCUGCUUGGAUUUUCGGGUAUCUUGAAAACUGCUAAAUAUUUAUAAAAGGAUAGAAUAUCCUUUGACUUCUUUAAAUAUCUACGUCUAGCUUGAGUUUUAUUGCCAAAGGCCUGAGUUCUAUAAAGAAUAGUUGACUCAAGUAUUCUAACUUUAAGUUUGCCAACCUUUCUUCUUGAUUCAGGUCAAAUGUUCCACUUGGAAAGAAAAAGAACAAAGAACCAACUCUAUGGAUUAUGUGUGAAUUUCAAUGGGAAUCUGGCUUUCUCUCUUUAUAACCCUACAUUGCAUAAUAAUGGGUGGACCAAAAAAUAGAGAAAGACAGAGAUGGCGUAACGUUUUGAUGAAUCCCACCUACUUCAUCGUUCAUGGUUCAGAAUUGGCCAGCUCUGUUGAAAACAGCUGAAAUGGCCUGGAGUCAAAAGCAACCUUUUAAAUUUUGAUCACACCUAAACUCUACAACGACCUUGCAGUAGAUUUAAACAGUCAUGAGAUAGAAUGUUUAUAAAACCCUGGGGACACAGCACACUUUAUCUUUGAUCUGCAAGCUAGAAAAAGAGUGACAGCAAUUUGCCAGAGCUUUCCUGAGGUAGUUUUGCAUAAACCAUCUGCAUAGUUUUUCCCCUGCUAAAUCUGACUUUGUCGUUGAAAACAUUUCACUCCCAUCUCCACACUAUUUCUGAAUAUCGUUAGGCCUUUUUAUACCUAAUCCCAACACUUCCUGUUGUCCAGAAAAUCCCUUCCAUACAACAUUGCCGUUGUCUAGACACAAAGCCUAAGUGCGUGUAUCACAGUUUGUUUCAUAACAGAAAUCGUUUGUAAAAGCCACGACAUGAUCACCCAGCAUUUUACCAAUUGGAAAUCUCCACAUGCCCAAAUUGUUGAUCUCAAUGCCAAUCAACUUAAGUUACCUACCACAAGAGAAACAGCCUGAUACCUGGAGUUAGGGAGAAAAUUGCUGUACUAUUUUGUUGAGGAAAAGAUAAAACAGCUAUGUCCCUCAGCACACAGUGCUAACAGGUGUGGAUAAACGUCCUUUCAGGGGCUUGCAGGCCAGGGAUAUGCCGGACACAGAUCAGCUGCGUCAAACUGCAAAAACAGUUUUUCCUAUAAUAAGCUCAACCUACGAGUUGUUCCCCUUAUUAAAAUUUUACUUGACUGAUGUUCUCAGGAUGGAUGCAGUGAAAGUGGAGUUCAAAAGAUUUUGAAAAACAAAAUCUGAUCUUGAAACAAAACAAACCAAAAACCACAAGCUUAAAUAUCUGAUGCAAAUGUACUUAGCUACAACAGUUAGCUUUAUUCUUUCCAUUAGUUAUUUCAUGGGAACUGACAUUUGUAAUUAGAAAAUACUUUAACUGGUUCUAUACUUUAAUAAUUGGUCCUUUUUAUAAAUAUUAGUAUCAAUUGUGCUUGACUUACCUCCUCUGCAAAGCUUUUGGUGACCUUUUCCUUUAAAUUGAACUGAUCAGCAACAAGACAAUGUUAUCUGUAGAUGUCAAGUGACAGCUUCCAAACUGAUGAACCAGCUGCUGACAGCUGAAGUGUGUUGUACAGGACCACUUGAACCUGAUGUGUAUUUUUGUUGAAUGAAGUUUUUGUAAAAAAAAAAAAAAAAAAAAAAAAGUAUCUACAAUGUUAUUUGAAUGAUUUAUUGUAAAUGAUGUGAAUCUAUAUUUGUUGUUUUGUAUCUGUAUAUUAAAAUUAAUUUGCCAAA